AUGACCAUCAACACGCUCAGUCAGGAUGGAGUGCAACGACAACAAAUGCCCUGCCUGACCAAGAUGGAGCGGAUGAUAAUAUCCAUGCAGGACCCUGAUAUGGGCAUCAAGCUGCGCAACCAGCGUCUUCUUAUUACAGUCAUACCACACGCAAUGACUGGCGCUGACAUUAUUGAAUGGCUAAUUAAGAAGUAUUCCAUCUCUGAUGAAGAGGCAUUGCACAUUGGACAAACCCUUGUGAAGUAUGGUUACAUCUACCCUUUAAAAGAACCCAGAAACCUUACUCUGAAAUCUGACGAUUCACCAUAUCGUUUUCAGACACCAUACUACUGGACAUCAACAUGCUGGCCUGCUUCAGAGCUCGACUAUGCAAUCUACUUGGCCAAGAAGAAUAUUCGUAAACAAGGAGAACUGAUUGAUUAUGAGAAGGGGUGCUAUAAUGCUUUACACAAACGUAUCAACCACACUUGGGACUUUGUUGUGAUGCAGGCAAGAGAGCAGCUUAGGGCAUCGAAACAGCGACGGAAAGCCGAUCGUAUAGUGUUGGAGUGUCAAGAACAAGCGUACUGGCUAGUGAACAGACCUCCUCCAGGAGCACUGGACAUUCUAGAUCACGGACCAGAGAGACGGACCAUGAACACAAGAGUACAACUGAAUGCAGAAUUCUACAAAAAAGAGAUUGAACACAACAGGUUAGGCCUGGGGAGAAACCGUGUCAAGUCCUCAAUUUGCCUCGAGAGUUUUGUGAAGUACUGUGAGCAGUACCAGCCACAUGACCCCAUAAUGCAAGGAUGCCUUCCUAGCAACCCAUGGAUCACAGAUGAUGUCUUGUUUUGGAACAUGAACACCAACACGGUUGCUGUGCCAACUAAACUUCGUGUGGAGCGUUGGAGCUUUAGUUUCAUGGAACUGCUGAACGAUCAGUUGGGCAGAAAAGAGCUUCUGAUUUAUCUGGAGAAAGAAUUCAGCGCGGAGAACUUAUGUUUCUGGCAGGCCUGUGAGGACGUACGUCACGGCGAGACCUCAAAAAUCCCUGAGAAAGUGGAAGAGGUUUACAAGCAGUUUCUGGCCCCUGGUGCAAGUCGCUGGGUGAAUAUUGACAGCAAGACUAUGGAAAAAACCCUGGAAGGACUCAAGCGUCCUCAUCGUUUUGUCCUGGACCAUGCUCAGAUGCACAUUUACUUCCUCAUGAAAAAGGAUUCAUACCCACGUUAUCUCAAGUCAGAGCUCUAUAAACAUUUAUUAGCUCAAGCCAUAGUACCACAGGAGGCCAAGAAAAGUGUGUUUCCGUUCAUGCGUCGUCAGCGACACUCCAGUCCCUCCCCCGCGCUCAUCACCCACAACGCAGAUGAUGAUGGGAAGGCCAAGAACUCUAACUCUAUCAAAAUCAAUUCUGGAACUGCAUCCCGACUUUAAACACUCAAUGUUUUUUAUUAAUUUUUUAUAUUUAAUGUGACCUUAUCUUACCUAA